AUCUGAUAAUGAUAGAGAAAAUAGCGAUAAUGAUGAGAAAGAAUUUAUUGAGUCAUUGAUUGAAGAAGGUUAUAGUGUCAAGUCAAUAGCUGAAAAGCUAUGUGUUAGCGAACGCACAGUAAUGCGGAGACUAGAGAGGUAUGGUAUGUCAGCACGAGGAUUUACCGAAAUAGUCAAUGGUGAUCUGGACAACAUCAUUUCUGAAGUACUCACGACUCAUCCAACUUGUGGCGAGGUGAUGCUUAAGGGUUUUUUGAGACAAAGAAGCGUGCACGUUCCAAGACAAGCACUACGAGAUGCAAUGCAUCGCGUGGACGGCGAAGGGGCAUUUUCCCGACGCAGGAGGCGUCUACAAAGAAUAAUUUAUCAUGUUGAGGGGCCAAAUCAUUUAUGGCACAUCGAUGGAAACCAUAAGCUAAUAAGAUGGGGAUUUGUGAUCCAAGGUGAUGUUGAUGGUUUUAGUCGGUUGCCAGUGUUUCUCAAAUGUGCAACAAAUAACAAGGCGUCAACAGUUUUGGAGGCAUUUUAUGGUGCAGUCGAACGUUAUGGUCUCCCCCUUCGUUUGCGUUCAGAUGCUGGUGGAGAGAAUGUUAAAGUAUGGCAGUACAUGAAUGAACACAGAGGUGAGAGAAGUGCAAUAAUAGGCAAAGAGCACUCACAAUCAAAGGAUCGAAAGGCUUUGGCGAGACGUUUUUGAGGGAUGUUUGCACCAUUUCUACCAACUAUUCCAUUACCUAGAGGACGAUGGUAAAUUAGACCCUUUACAGGAGGUACAGUUGUUUGCCCUUCAGUAUGUGUAUACAUCCCGGAUCAACCAGUCGCUCGAAGAAUGGUCAUCGGCAUGGGCUGGUCAUCGUCUUCGUACCGCUAGGAAAACACCGUUCCAGUUGUGGUAUGAUGGCCAAGUGGAGAACCCAGUUGGUAUACCAGAGGUUUGUUCAAUGUUAUUUCAGGAACUCUGAGCUCCGUUCCCAAUUCGUUCCAUCCGGCUCCUGGUGUUUUAGCUGUAGGGCUGAAAUAGGACUACUGUACACUUUACGUCUUUCCGAUCUCAUAAUGGGUCCUGUUGGCAGUACUCUGCGUAUUGUGAAUCUUGUGAAAAUUUUACACAUUUUUCAAACGUAGAAAAUUAUAUAGGUACAGCAGUAGGCAUGCAUAUUGUACUAGAAUGUAGUAAAAGUGGCCCCGCAAAAAUGGCAGCUGAAAAAAGGCCCCACAAAAAUUGGCCCCAGAUGGCAGGUAGGUACACCUACUGUACUUUAUUAUGGAGGAACAUAGUCACACCUACUGCACAUAAGGUAGGGAUAUAAUCUUUGGGUUUUUCUAUUUUUUUAAAAUAAAAAACCUCAUUUGACAUUUUACCUCAGCUUCAAUUUGUUCUUAAUUUUUAAGCAAUUUCAGCCUCAUUGUUCUUAUAAAGUGUGUUUUUAUUUAUUUUUUUUUAAAUGUAACUUAUUCAUCUCCAGAAAAUCAAAAUGACCGUAUUCACACAUACACAUUCCCUAAAUACAAAAGUGAAAUCUUAUGAAGCAUUUAAAAGC